AUGUCUUGGGUCUCGCUCAAGGUCGAGCUGCCAUCACACUCCUUAUCGUUUCAUAUUCAAGUCCCCACUCAAUCAACGGUGCUCGAUAUCAAGCGUGAAAUCAACAGGACUUGCACCGGUGCUCCACGGGUCGAAGGUCAGAAGAUCAUAUGGAGAGGCCGGGUCUUGCGCGACGAAGAGCGGGUAGAGAACAUCUGGAAGACACCCGAUGAAUCCAGAGUCAUUCACCUCGCAGUCCAUUAUUCGGCAUGGUCCUCUCCUCCUCCCGAGAACCCCGCCCGCUCCCCGAGCUCGAGCCAGCAGUCGACGUCUGGCACGACCCCGAACAUUACAAGCUACCCCAUCCCCCCUUUCAUACCGCACUUGCAGUCUCCCCCUCCAGUAAACAAUGCGCAGCCAGUUGUCGGCAUGCCCCAUCAGAGCGCCUUACUUUACGUUUGGCACAAGCAUGCCGCCGCGCUAGGCUUCCUUAUGAGGCGCCCGUACCCGCUCCCGACGGUGCCGAAUAUGGCUGCCGCACGACGGAGCUCCAUGUCACUUGUCGAGAGUUUCGGAUGGGCCUGGCCUUCAAUCCUGGAUGAAGAGUUCCCCCCGCCGGGAGAUGAGGAAUCUGGACUGCAUUACGAGUUUAUCAAUAAUAACGGCCAACGAUUCCUCUCCCUAACCAACCCCAAUGCCACUCCUACCCCUCUUCAGAUCCAUUGCCUUAAAGUGCUCUCCUAUACCUUUACGAUUAUCCUCACACCGCCCGCAUAUCCCUCGGCUUUGGGACCGUACACCAGUGUGCAAGCUUACGCGCUCCGGGGCGCUCCAGCAGACAUCAAUCAGCAUCUCCAACGACUCGGUUUACCUCAGAUCGCGGGGAACAACGCCGGGGGUCCCGCCUUCAUGGCGGAGAUGCGAGACAUCCCCCUCCGUGCUCUCCUCGCACCGCUGAUGAUGCUCGCGAUCCGCACAUUGUUGCUUCUUUACUUCAUCUCUCCAGCGCGCAAGCCCUUCAUCGGGUUUAUCAUCGCUGCCUGGGUAGUCUACGAGCUUUGGGGCGCCGUGCGGAUUGCCAUGGGGUAUGAUGGCAAUAGGGCUGGGAACGCCGAUGGAGCCAACGGGCAAGCUCAGGCAGCGCCCGCCCCGGGAGCAGGAGCAGACGGCAACGCACCUCUCGGCCCUGCACCCAAUCCAAUGCACGCGAUGCCCGCUCAGAUGGGCGGUCGCCCGCGGACGCAGGGAAAUGCGAGGUCCAGGAGCCACACUGACAUUAUUAUGGACAUGGCGGCGCGGAUGAACCUGGACGACGAGGAGCGCGCUCUCACCGCUGCGCCGGGCACGCAGGUCCGCCCGCCGAGCUUGGGCCACAAGCUGACCACUUUUAUGGGGCUGCUGGUCAUGACGCUGCAUCCCGAGCUGUGGAACCGGCGCAGGGCGCGGCUGCGGCAGCGGGAAGGGCGAGUCAGGACGGAGGCCAACGCGCGGGAGGAUAACCCUGCGUCUGCGGAGGGCGAGGAGGACGAUACGCAGCGGGAGGAGAGGCAGAGACGGCAGCGGGCGAGGGAGGAUCUUAUCGCGCAGCAUCGCCGGAGGCCGCUCUGGGUGCGGGAGUAUAUUGAGCGGGUGAGGAGGAACGAGUGGGUGGAUGAGUGA